AUGGCAUCUGCCCCAGCGCUCGUUUUGCCGAGCCAGCCCGAUGGCGACAAACUGCAGGCGGAGGCGGAGAGGUUAGAUCAACGCCUGAAGGUCCCCAUGCACGCCAAUGCCAGGUUGAAAAUCACCGAUACAAACACACCAGGCGUAUCCGACGGUGAGGCGUCCAACGGGUCCAGAAACAAGCGGCAAGGCGAACCAGCCAAUACCAAGAAACCCACGCAAGCGGAUUCGGGUGCGGCCCCAGGACAUCAACCGGACAUCAAGAACCAGGCCAGUGUGCCGGCGCAGACAUCAUCAUUACAAGGGCAAGAAAUAAUGCGAAACCUUCUCGAUGGCUUUGCUGAGGGCUUCCGGAGGGUCAACUGGGGAGGGGUCCCCUUCUCGCCUCCAGGAAACCGCCAAGGAAUUAUCGGGGUUCCCUUGUCCAAGCCACCCAUUGUUGACAUUGUUGCCGUCUAUAACUUUCGGCAGCUGAGAAAAGACUCGCCGGCCGACACGCAGGGGAACCCACCUACAAACCAGGCGGCUGGCCUGAUCAAGGAGCCAGAAGUGUCUGUAAUAACUGACGCCGCGUCGAUGGUGAAGGCCAAGGAAGUGGAUAGGGGCCAUAGGGCCGGAACAACCCUCGCAGGAGAAACCCACGCUGCCUCGGCAACCAACGACAAGGAACCGGAUAACCUCAAUACUGCAAUGACUGACGUUGGAGACACACGCGCUGCCGAUGGUCAGGAUAUCGUUUCGCCUUCCGGAAAGGGCAACGAGGCAAAGGUUAGCAACUGGCUGUUAGAGAGAACGAUGUCGGUCACAGGUGGAUUGGGUGAUCCGGCAAGAGUUCUGGUCUUUUCCUACGAGUUUGACACGGAAACGAAGGAGCAGUCAGCCACCACCCAGCUUGGAGCCAGAAGCUAUCUCCAAGACACGGCUGAGGCUCUCCUCUUAGAACUGAAAGCGCACCAAAUGCCGGCCAAAGUCCCACUGGUGUUCAUCGCGGCCGGCUUUGGAUGCUUCGUUGUCGAGAAAGUGAUUGCUCUUCUCGGCACCUCAGUACAAAAAGCGGCGCUCUCCUCGAAGGAGACAGAGUUAAAACUCGAGGGUCACUCUGGUCCAGCCAACCAACCUACAACAGCCCAUGCUGCAGAAUCCGCAGAAAACUUGGAAGUUCUGAAAAGGAUUGCCACCAUUAUCUUUCUUGAAGAUCCGAACCAUACGACUGUCCUUAAACAACACCCUGACAAACUGGAAGCCUCCCAGGAGGCCGCCAAAACUAGCACAAAAAUGGAGCAAGAGCAAGCACCGAGGGAUAACCCGCAGAUCCAGGAUCUCACAAAGAAACUAGGGUUCAAUUUUGGCGGGUAUAAAAAGAUAGACCGCGAGAAAGCAGGGGGAGCCAGAUACAUUGCGCUGGAUCCGUCAUCAAUGCCGAAACCCCCUCGCACCUAUCAGGAUAAACCAAUUCCGAAGCUCGGGGGGUUUGACAGCUGGGAUCUCUGGGUACAAUUCAAGAAGACGGUCGAGGAAAAUGAACUCUCAGCGGUUUGCUUCUACCAGACGGCUCCCGUCGAGAACCCGCAAGCCGCCGCCGCCAUCACCUUCAUCAAGCCGGAAACCGAUGGAGGGACAGAGAACGCCCAUUACCUCCAGAUUGUGCGCCAGGUUAAGAAUUCGCUAGUUCUUAAAGCCUCAAGCAACAGGGACUUUCAAGUGACUCUGCGGCAGUGUAUUAUAUCGAAAUACAACCUCGACGUCUGGGAUCACAACCAUCGCUACCCCAUUCACCUCGCAGCUUAUUACGCCAAUGAACCCGCGCUAUCCAUCCUUGUCAAGACCAAACCCAGCAUGCUACUAUUGAAAGACAGGGCCCAGUCAACUCCCCUCCAUCUGCUGAUUCAAACGGCCGUCAGAGCUGGCGAGGGCUGGGAAAUCAGGAAGACGAUCCAUGGGUUGUUGUCUCUGUGGGCGGAGCUCAUGCCCGAACACGACACGGACACUUUACUAGAUUCUGCUCGGAGAUCGCCAUGGAGUUAUAUUCCAACAAAAGAGGGCGAUGGUGACCGACGCCACGGCUGGAUUCGUGAGCUGAAAGAGGGUGCGUACCCCGUGGGGUCGGUAAAGGCGUCUUCGGGAGAGACAAUCGAGAGUGAGGUGAAACUUAGCAGCGUCGAAAAGGAGGCUUGCAAGAAAACAAAAGCCAGCCUGAUACAAUUUUACGUUGAGGAACAGGGCGGAAAACAGGACUUCUGGGCUCGGUAUAGACCCGACGUGUUCCAAGUCAUUUAUGAUCCGGAUCAUGGAAUCGACAAGUUGUUUGACAGAAGGCUCAACGAGGAGUACCGGACAAGGCUGUUGGCGACGUGUAAAUGGAUCCAUUUGCCCGCCAACAAUGAUCUCUUUGGCCGGAGGCUACGGCGUCUCGACAAUUCCACAAGGGACCGGCGGCUUAUAGGACGGGCCCCAUUCGAUCGGCACAUUGCCCCCGGUGCCUACAGAUACCGCCAGCCAUACCUGUCCAAAGGCCAGGGCAAGCUAGCUGGUAGCGAAAAGUCCGUGACGGUCCUGUUUAUGCCGGUUUUUGGGUUUGAAACCUCUGCCAACCGUCAGGAGUUAACCAUGGCAAUCAAGUCGGAAGCAGAAAAGGAGUUAGUAACCAAGCAAACCUCGGGUUCCCCAACAGCAGAGAUCCCCCCUGUCAUCAGCGCGUACCUGAAUAACAGCAAGUUCCCUUUACAUUGCCGCCGGACACUGGAUCAGUUUACCUACCACAUGCUGAAGGACACAGAGAGGCGCGACCAAACCCAGGUCAUGUUCAAACAACAUAGGAGGGAGAUAGCCAAGGACGACGAGAAGGCGAAACAAAAGUCGCCAGUGAUUAUGGUUGACCAACUCUGGCUCUGGGUUUUAGAGGACGAGAAAACCGUCAUUACCAGUCUUCCAGACACCUGGAUUCCGGCUGAGAAGUACAACCUUGUGGAGCACCUGUUGAGUAAAGAACUGAAAGAGCACCCAGGCGACCGGCCACUCGACCGCCCAUUGAUUGGGGCCGAGAAUUCCAUGGACCUUGCUAAUGCCAUUAUCCGAGGCAGUGUGAGCUUCCUCAAACGAGCUGGCCCAAGCAAGACGAGACUGGAGGAAUCUUUUCAGUCAAGCAUCACCAUGAUUGCACACGCACUUACUCCUUUCCAGGCCGAGAGGCAAGCGGAGCAGUUCGAAAGCUUUAAGAAGCUGGUUAAGAAACUGAACAGGGUUGGUUCCGACGAGAACAAAAGAGCCACCCUGACCAAUAAGCUCUUCCAAGUCACCAUCGAGACGAAGCUCCUGAUGGAGAUUAUGGACGUAGAAGACGAGCUCGACACCGUAAAAAGGGUCUUGCUUCAGCAGGGGGAUGCUCUCAAUAGCUUCGCCAAGCUGUUGUUCGCUGAUUAUCAACAGACCCGAGAUAGGCAAGCAAGCCAACGCAUGGGAAGCAAGGUUUGCCCGCGAAGGAUCAGAACAUACCCAACGCCAGAGCAGCGUAUCCCACGACCAUGGCACCAGAGCGCUUACAAGGCCUUCAAGCUUCCGCUCUCUUUUAUGUCUAGCGUUUUUGCCAUCCAGAUCGACGCGUUCCCACAUGACUCGACCAGUGGCGAGGUAAACUGGCCCCUGGGACUGGGCUGGCUCUCCUCUAGUGUAUCUAACCUUUCACCGAAAGUCGGAAUCUCAGCGAUAGUUAUCCUGGUACUGGUGUUCCUCGGCCUGUGCAUCACGCGACAAUGGGGUUCCGUCUUUCGUGUCCGCGCCGCCACCUCGAUGAUAUUCUCCAAGGUGAAUCCGCAAGAGAACUGCGACUCAGACACAGACCCCGAUUCCGAAUCGGACGACCCCAUCAGCACCUCGGGGACCGGCUCCCGCAAGAAAGCCCACAAAGCACCGCCCACCGGCUACGCCCCCCUCUUCAACAAAUGGCCCAUCAUCUCCCGCCUCCCGCUCAUCAGACAGUUAUGGAAACAGAGCCUCUACCAGUACUCGCUACCAAAACGCCUGCCAUUGCCUCCCAAGCCCUCCGAGCAGAUCAAGCCGAGCUACCCAAUCGACCAGUUCCAGCCCCGGAGCGUGGUGGACUACCCGCUGCGGCGGGCGCGUUUGCUCGCAGCGACGCUCAUGAAGGAAGGAAUCGCGUGGAUGAGGAUGAAACUAGCAUCCUUCCGGCGUGGCCAGGAGGAGGACAAGCGAUCGGAUUGGGGCCCUCACGCCGGAGACGCGGCCGCGGUCCGCCGCACCUUCACCUUCCCAGACGGGACACAGCUUUCCUCGCGGUUUGGAAAGCCCCUGGCGCCGCCGCACCCGCUGCAGAAGCCCAAGGGCCAGCACGGCAUCCACUCCCCCGUCCCGGGUUUGGUUGUCCCUGGCAAUGGCGGGUUGCGGGGGGAGGUAGGGAGAGGGGAUCAGCGUGAGGGUUGGGACGGGAUGGGCGGCCGGUUCUUCUCGUCUGGAUGGCCGUUCUGGCGGAGAAGGAGGUCGGGGGAGGCCCAUGAAAAUGCGGACUCCAGCUCGGUAUAA